UUGUCAGUGAAGAUGGACAUUGGAAGCUAGGAGGGAUGGAGACGGUCUGCAAAUUCUCUGAAGCAACUCCAGAAAUUUUCAGAAAAUCAGAAGAUUUUCAGAUUUCUCGCCGUUCACCUCACUACAAGCUGACAAGUGCAUGCCAAGGCAACGGGUGGUGCAUAAACUGCUUGCCGUAAUCUCACUUUUUUUUUUGUGAUAAAAAAGCAUGAAGAUGAUAGCUGUUUGCUAUUUCAGGGGCUGCAUCAUUCGAAACGUGUAUUUAACGACCCCAUUGCAUCAUAAUAUAGUGCAAUAGUCUGUCCCAGUUUGAACGCCUCUUCAAAUGUGGCCUUCUGGUCGCUCACCUGGUUUAUGUAUUUCGCCGGGAAGACAAUGCAAUACCACACAAUGGAAUGAGUCUCUCCUGUCUCUGUCUUUAGCAUGAUAGCUAGUCAUGACUCUUGCUGUUCUGCAUGCUGCCUGGGCUUGUGGAGGUGCCCUGCAUCUCCGCUAUUGCAGCGAAUACUUCGCCUUUUGUGACCACUUGUAUUUAAUUACCUAGCAAAUUGAUUAUACUUCCUGUCUUUCACUUUUAAUGCAGACUGUAUGGGGAGUCUGAGCGGAGUUACGAUGCAAAUCCGUUCAUGGCGGCUCAAAUUUAUUAGUAGCGGGCUGCCACAUAUAAUUGAAUAUAUGGGAAACACCGCAUUUGCACUCAUUAGUUAAUAUACCCUGGUAGAAUUUUUUAUUUCUUGGCCAUUUUGUAGAGACUAUAAAUUAUCUUCCAAAAACCUUUCUUUCACUCUUGGUUAGAGGUUGGGUGAAGCUAUUUAUGAACAAACAUUUGUGUUUGUUCUUUUGAAAUUAUAAUGACAACAGGAAGUACCCAAAUGUGUGUCAUGUUCCGAGUCAUGGGAAAAGCAAAAUAAUUAUCAAAAGGAUCUGUGGGAGAAGGUAGUUGAACUGGGUAAAACAGGAAUAGGACAUAAAGAGGAAGGAAGGAAUUGAGAAUGCCAACUAACUUGAGCUGAUAUAUAGGGCUCUCUCAAAGAAAGUAAUGUGGCUUUUUCAAGAUGUACAAUAAGGAGACACUUGGAAGAAAAAUGGGCUGCAUGGUGCAGUUGCUAGAAAAAAGCCAUAACAGUAAUCCCGUUCAGUAUCACGUAUAAUUGUCCCAGGCCCAACCGUGGUAAGCGAAUUUCCGUGAAGUAUGAGUCCUUCUUUAUAAAUGCAAUAUUUUCAUAGUUAGAGCAUAGAAAACCUGUUUACGACCGUCUAAAUACGGUUUUUAACAUUAUUAGAGCCCUCUAGACAUGAACUAACACGCCUAUGGUUACAUUUAUACUCAGAUUACUCAAUAUAGUAGACAUGAUAAGAGUAAAGACAUUUAAGACAUAAUUAAGUCUUAUGCUCAUUAUGCUCAUUAUAUAUAUAUAUAUGUGUGUGUGUAUAUAUAUAUAUAUAUAUAUGUGUGUAUAUGUAUGUAUGUAUUUUUUUACUAAUAAUAGGCCAUAUUCAACCACAAAAUGGUAUGAUUUAUUAAUUUAAAAAAUUGUGAAAAACCAUGAUAGUGACUCCGUGAAAUUCGAACCACGAAAUGGUGAGGGACGACUGUACUAUGCCAUACCACAAAACAGCCCGCUUAUGAUACGCCACACAGCACAGAGACAACCCUGAAAAAUUCUGGAACAAAGUUAUUUGGAGUGAUAAGAUUAUAAUUUUAUUUUUUGGCCGCAACCAUAAACGUUUGAUACAGCAAGGCCCGUGAUGAAUGGUACACCAUUUCUACUGUAAAAGACGGAGGUGGUUUGCUGAUGUUUUGGGAAUGUGUGAGCUACAAAGGCACAGGGACCUUAUAAAUCAAUGGGAAGAUGAACGUAGCAUGUUAACAUAAAAUUUGCACUCAUCAGCCCGGAAGAUGUGCAUCGGAUACACUUGGGACGUUUCAACAUGACAGUGAUCCAAAACACACGGGCAAGGCAACCUGUCAUUGACUAUAGUAGAAAAAAGUGAAGGUUCAGAGUGGCCGGCUCAGUCUCCUGACCUCAAUAUCUUUGAGUCCUUCUAGGGACAUUUCAAAUGUGCAGUUUAUGCAAGACAGCACAAUAAUUUAUAGGAACUGGAGGCUUUUUGCCAAGAAGAAUGGGCAGCUUUACUAUCUGACAAAAGUGCUACAUCCACAACUAUUACAAAAGAUUUGAAGCUGUCAUUGACGUUAAAGGGGGAAUUGCACAGUAUUAACAUCUAGGGUAUGUAAACUUUUCAUCAGGGUCAUUUGGGUACUUUCUGUUGACAUUAUGAUUUAAAAAGAGCAAACACAAUUCUUUGAUAAUACAUGGCUUCACCCAACCAAUUUUGUAAUAUCAUUAAUAUUCUCUCAAAUAGACAGACAAAUUCAACUGUGGUACGUAAACUUAUGAGCGCAAGUGUACAGUAGCUACAGAGUAACGUGAUGCAACCAGGAAAUAGACUAGGCUAUGCUGUCCCAUUUAAUGAGGGGUGACGCGGCUGUUGGUGGGACACAGCUAUUGAAAGAAUAUGAAUAUACUUCAUAAUGCAUGUAAUUGCUAAGUCAGCCUUCAGUGAUGUAAAGAUCGGUUUAUGUGUGCAAACAAGGCCAAAGUGUAUCAGAGUCUUUGUGUGGUGGUGUUUUCAGUUUCUUGCAAGCAUUCAGAACGUGAGAGAGGCCAGCUGCGUUCCUCCUGAAGAGCAGGUAGAGGGCUUUAAAAUGCUUCCAGACAAACAUGCUCAUUCUCGGGACUGUUACUCUUUUGGUUCCAUGCUGGAGGCCCUCCUCCCUCUCCUAAGUGGUUAUGUGUCACAGGAGCUGUCGGACAGUCUGAUAAAAACCCUGCAGGCAGGCCCACUGAACUCAGACCCCGUAUGUCGCCCUCUCCUCAGCUCCCUACUGACUCAUGAUUUUUUCAGGAAUGAUUUUCUGGAAGUGAUAAACUUUCUGACAAGCCUUACCCUGAAGACGGAGGAAGAAAAAAACGAGUUCUUCAAGUUUCUACUCGACAGAGUCCAGAGCCUCCCAGAGGAGCUAUUUGCUGCACGUCUUGUCCCCAAACUUCUCAACUCCUUUGUAUUUGCUGAACCAAUGGCCGUCAAAAGCUUCUUGCCACAUCUCCUAAAGCCAAAGAAGGACACCGGUGGUAGCAGCGACGAAUGCCUGCUGUCUGUGGCCCUUUACCGCAAACACGUCACCCCCCAUCUUCUCAAACUCUUCAAAGUCAAUGAGGAGCACGUGAGGAUUGUGCUGUUAGCGCACCUCCACAUCUAUGCACAGUUCUUCUCCCACGAUGAGCUGAAGAAUCAGAUCCUACCUCAGGUUUUGCUUGGAAUGAGAGACACCAAUGAUGCUCUGGUUGCCAUGACGCUGCAGAGUCUGGCUGUGCUUGUACCUCUGCUGGGGGCUCAAGUGGUGGUUGGAGGACAGAGAACGAAGGUUUUUAAACGCACCACCCCCAAAUUCACCAGGUCUGCCGAGAGCACCCCAGAAACAUCACCCAUCCAUAUCAUUGCAGGCUCCCAUCCUCAGAUGGCGCAGCCAUCAAAAGUGUUGAAUUUGUUCCCCAGACCACCAGGGAGUGAAAACUCCAUCCAAGACAAGACAGGAAGCUUUUUGAGGAGAAUUACCUACCCGCUGGAACCGAAAUUAGGCAACAAUAAAGAGAUGUCUCUGCCUUUAAACGGCUUUCAUCAGGAUGGUGAUGUAGACUCUUACAGUCCAGAGGAGCCAGCACACACCCUGAAAGGCCAUGUGGAGGACUGGCCCAACUGGAGUGACCCAGACGAGGGCGAGGAUAUAAAGAGCAAGCCAGUCCAGCUCCUCAUUGAGGCCUCAGAGAGACCAGACCCUGUCACCAGAACACACCAGAGCAUCGAAGAGGAUGAGCCUUGGGAUGACUUUGAGGACACUGAAGCAACAUCUCGUGCUGCUCCACCAUCAGACCCCAUUGUGUUGACAACACCCAGAGGAGACACCAUUCCACCUGUGAAACACACCACUGAGCCUCUCAGAUUGUCCAAACCUCUUAAAUUGAGCUUAACACUGCGACCGGACGAUCAAAGCAAGACCGCCUCAUCAUGGGACAGCGUUUGGACUCAAGAGGAGAGAGAGGCUGACCUCAAACCAGCAGGGAAACAGAAACACGGGGGACUUGGGGGUCUAGGGGAGGAGUUCACCAUUAAAGUGAAGAAGAAGCCAGAAGUCGACCCAGAGCUGGAUUUGUUUGCAGACAUGGUGCCGGACAUCAAGCUGUCCUCCUCGGCUCUGGUGACACUGAGAGCAAGUGGCGACGCGGGACUGACAGCAGACAACUCAGCCAUUGACUCAACAACACUCUUUGCCAAGUUUGCAGCUGCCAGUGUGACUGAGACUGAAGCAGAUGGCUGGGACGAUGGCAACGACCUCAGCUGGGAGGAGGAGAACUGUUGGGGAUGACAAAUAUCAGGAUCCAACACUGGAACAGUCAAAUAACUCCAGAUGAGCCUAACACAGUAUCAGUUCUCAUUUACCAACACCACUCGGAAUGUGUGGAUUUUUGUGUUGGUUCCUAAAACAUUCUUACAAGUCUUUGGGAGUAAGGUGAAGUGAUUUCAAACUGGAAUCGAAUCAAGUGGAGGGGACAUUAAUGAAGCCAUUUUUAAUUGCUUGCCAACUGACGCUGUCGAGGUGAUAUGUGCCAUCAUCAUAAAGGACAAGUGACAAUGUGGAUUUCCAAUUUAUUGCAAGAGGUUUGAUUGCCUGAAGGCUUGCACUUUGAGUGAAUGUGAAGUAUCAAUGACAUAAUUUAUUAGUGGCUUUGAUUGGUAGUGAAAUAAAGCGUUUACUGGAAAAUAAAAUUGUCUAAUGGGAUAGCAACACUGCGGUUGUGGACACAAUGUAUGCCACUGGUCAUCUUCUGGAUUGUGUUACAUACAAAAGUGAACGAUAGCACAACUGUGUAGUAGCGCUACCUUGCGGUGAAGUUGGUCCUUAAAAGGUCAGUUGUCAAAAUGUGGUGACAAUACAACUUUGGCUUAUCUAUUAAGAUCUGAGGUACUGUUGUAAACACUCAAUGUAAAUGUGUUUCUAAUAAAACUGAGGAAAAUAGUAGGAAAUGAGAAUAAUUGAAAACAAGCCACUAGUUUUCUUGUCGAAUACAUUUAAUCAAAGCUGAUACAUUAAAAAAACUCAAGACAAAUAGUUACUUUUAGUGAACACAGGCUCAGACUGAUUAAUUCCCCCCCUUACAAACAGUAGAAUUAGUUUUUGGAUGUAGCUGAGCUUACGUCACUUAACAGCACCUGCAGUUCUUGUAGGCUGGAUGCCAACCACGAAGGAGGAGGCAGUGCUUUAGUUUCUGACUUGUCUUGAGCGAGUGCAUGGAGGGCUUUCAGUGCACUUGCAGCAGCCUGGAUGUAGCAGCUGUACUCAUCUGCAAUGCUCUCCUGCCGAGCUCGUUUAGGCUGAGGCUAAGUAAUAAAAGGUGGGUAAAAAU